AGUAGAGAGGAUCGGUGCAGUUGUCUCGGCUGUCUGUUAUAUAUAUAUUUUAAAUCAGUGAAAAACCGGGUUGUAAGCUGUAAGUAAGCAGCACGCGAGGAGCCACGACCAAUCCACGUGAUCAAAUGCGGAAAUUGACAAUCGAGAAAGUGCAGCGGAGAAAAGACGCACGAGGAAAGAGAGGUCUUGUGGUUGUGAGCUGCUGGUGGAUCUAGCUGGACUUCCCUCGGACCCAGCAACACGUCUACAGCCAGACUUACGAAGAUCUCGGUUAUCUGUACAGUUAGAUGUGCGCGUGCCGCCUCUACAGUGAAUUAAAGUAAGGGUUGUUCUGAGAUCAGACUGCUGAGAUGACAACGCUGUGACAGUGCGUGUCCAAGUGUGUCGGUACCGGACCAAUUCCUGUGACAUGGCCGCUGCAAAGAAGAGUUGCGCGAAGGCAGGAGGAGGCGUGCGCUUCUCGGAGGAACCCCCCGCCGCCGGACCCCCAUCACACGUUCACUUCGACGAGAAGCUGCACGACUCCAUAGUCAUGGUGACUCCCGAGGAUGACGGCAACUUUAUGGUGAAGGUUGGCUUCCUGAAGACUCAGCACCGCUAUGAAAUAGUCUUCACCUUGCCCGAGGUCCCAGCUCUGGGGAAGGACGUGUGUCCGGCACCAGUACCCAGCCCACACCUCCGGAUCACCGACAUCACGCCGGCACCAGAGGGAGGUCUGAAGGUGACAUGUGAGUACAUGGCCCAGCAGGAGGGAGUUCUGUGUGAGGAGGUGCUGCUGCUGAGCGAGACCAACGAGGACGUCUGUGUGAAAGUGAAAGUUCAAGCCAGAGUCAUGGAUCGUCACCAAGGCACCCCCAUGCUGCUGGAGGGAGUCCGCUGCAUCGGGGUGGAGUUGGAGUACGACUCUGAACAGAGCGACUGGCAGGGAUUCGACUGAAGCCGGAGCUCAGUGCACAGAUACAUCAACGCACGCACACUUGCCAUCAUAGAAGCAUACACACACCAAAAUUAACACCAAAUAGGAAAGAAAAGAGAACACACAAAUGAUUUAGUGCCACGUGAUGUACACACAGUGUUCAGUGUUGGACCUCAGAGGAAAUGAUGGAUGUUUGUGUCCUGAGAACAUUUACAUACAAAAACAUUCCUCCGCUGCAACUUUCACAUCAUCGACAGCAUCUGAGCAGUUUGUCCAUUUCCUCCCGGUCUUCUUUUUGUCACCAUGAUGUAUUCUGUUGGUAAUCUGUGUUCUCCUCACUGAACCUCCAGAGGGCAGCAGCACUCUUUGAAUCCCUUUUCUCCGCCUCUUGUGCUCCAGUUCACUCUCUUCCUGAAUUUCAAACUGAAUCCCACAUGAAUUUAUAGGCGAGGGAGUAAACAAGGGCUCUUUUAUUCAGUAAGUAGCUUAAAAAUGACUGACGGGAAGGAAUAUAUAUCUGCACAUAAAGGGAAAAGUGUUUAUUAACUGCUUAGCAAUGUUGUGCCUGUAAUGUCCCUGUUUUACCAGAAGGGGGCACUGCAGACCACUGUCUUUAAAACUCCUCCAGACUGAAGGCUGCUGCAGUGUGGUCACAUUUCUCCAUUUAAGGGGAAAACCCAACGUCAGGCACACUUGCACUGUAUCACUGGAUCUCCCCGCAUGAUUAUGAAACAUUUGUGUAAAAUGUUGCAUCCAGAAAGAAGCACUUUGUCUUUUAUGUUGAGGAUCUGACACUAAAAUCUGAUGUUUAAUGUCUACAUCUCUGCUCCCAAACUUCUUUGUUGUUGAGCUGCAAAAUAUUUUGACAUGUUGUGUUUUGCCUCUUUCCAUAGAAUUAAAGAAAUGUACGACCAAACAAGCCGCUGUUAAGGAUGUUAAACUGUUAUAACUAGUCGAUUAAUUCGUGUCAAGCUACAAAGAAAUGAAUCUGCUGCGUUUCUGAUCAUCAAUUAGUGAUUUAUUUUUAUUCUUCAAGUCAAAAUUAGACAUUUUCUCUGGUUCCAGCUUUGCAAAUGUCAAAUCUUAAUUCAAAUUUUAUAUUUCUGGGUUUUGGACUUUUAAUCCGACAAAACAAGACGUUUUAACGUGUCACCUUUAACGUUUGUCUGUAUUCUCUAUUGGAUAGACCAAACUAUUAAUCAACUAAUCAAGAAAACAAUCAUUAAAUUGUGCAUUUAAGUAUUUUCCUUUUAAUAAAACCAGCUGCAGCUGGUUCAGCAGGAUCUAGGUGUUUCUUUUGUUUGAAUUCAUGAAGCCUUUCAGAAACACACAUGCGACGCUAAGUGCCUUUCAUUUCACCGUCCUACUUCUCAUUUGUCUCAGAAACCCGGUGUUGUUUUACCAUCUCCUGCACACCGUACCCACCAGACUAACACAUGGACCGGCUGCUUGUUU